AUGGUUGGUUUCUCAUUGCAGAGGUAUCUAGACUUUGAAUGCUGCCUGAUAUGCCUCAAAUGUACAAAUUGCUCUGCUAAGAUUUGGAUUAGGUCAGACCCAGAAAACAGAGAAUAUUUUGUUAAGUCUGGCGCUACCAAAAAGCGUCAGGCUGCAAUGUCGAAAAAACCGAAUUACCAGGUUGCAGUGUCCAAAAAACGGAAAAAGGAAGCUGAAGAGGGUGGAGAUGCACUGAAAUCUUUAGAGAACACAACCUUGGGCUCAAAAAUAGAGAUUGCUGCGCUGGAUGAGAUGAAAUCCAUGGAGAUGGCAUUCUCAAGGGCUCAAACAGCCUCUGUAAUUUGUCUUUUACACAUGUUGCCUGAGAUCAUCAUCACUUCCCAACAUGCAAUUGUGAGUGCAGAUGCUACGCUUGAGGACUCGCCAACCAAAGUUGCCAAGAGGGUUUGA